CUCCCUUUGACUCGAUCUGCUGCCUCGAUAUUAGCUCAGUCGAACCGUAUUAUGUUCGGAAAAUCUCCAGUAGACGAGAUUCUUGGAGGCGGUCUCCGGCAGGGGUAUAUUGUUGAAUUAUCCGGUCCUCCGGGCAGUCCAAAAGAAAGGCUGGCCAUAGACAUCACGAAGACUGUCGUGAAAGACGGCGGAAAUGUACUAUUUCCAUCGCUCCUGGUCCUUAACUCCCUCUCGUUUCCCUUCCAAUCGGCGUCGGAUCUUUCGUCUUCUACAAGACAACAUAUCCUCGAGCGCAUAAAGCCGGUCCUCGCGAGAAACUCCAACCUUCCGGUCCUCCAGGUAGUGAUAACGACGCAGCUUGCCACCAAACUCAUCAAACAGGACGGAACUAGCGGCAACUUUGAUAACGGAGCAAGAGGCAUCAUGAUGCCCUCCCUAGGGAACGCCUAUCUGCCUCCUGGCAGGACGUACAGAUUAUUGAUUGCACCACAAUCGCGCACGUCAGGGUAUGUAAGCAUUUAUGAUGGUCCGAGG